AUGGAGCAGCAGGAGGACGUGCGGCAGCAGCAACAGAUGCAGCAACAGCAGCAGCUGCAGCACCAGCAACAGGUGCAGCAGCAGCAACAGAUGCAGCAGCAGAGAACAGCUAGGAGACAGGAGGAGACAGCGAGAAGGAGAGAGACAGAGACAAACAAAACACCACCAACAAAACAAAACAUAUAUAAUACAAAAAAACUAAACAAACAAACAAACACAACAACAACAGCAACAGCUGUAGCAGUAGCAACAACAGAAUCAGCAACAACAGCAACAGCAGCAGCAACAACAACAACAGCAGCAGCAGCAGCAGCAGCAGCAAAAGACUUACUGCUGCAGCUCUGGGUGUGGCAGCACAUGGACUUGCGGGGAGAAGGAGGCAUGCGCCUUUCUGUAUCGGUACAGCUCCUGAAGCACCAGCAGCAGCAGCAGCAGCAGCAGCAGUAG